CGGUGACGUCGGUAGGUACUUAACCCCACAAAAUUUUCUUUUGCCGACCGAGAUCUCACACGAGACAAAGACACUACUACAUUCGCAGGCACAUUUGGUUCAUUAUAUCGACUCACAAGAUAUUCCAGGCGGCGAUCCUAGAAUCCAGUUUCAAGAAAGCGCCCCCGUCUCUCAGCCCAAAUGCCGACAGAGCUGGAGGAGCUCGUCGAGUUCCUCCACCAUGGAAACACUCAGAUCAGACAAAUAGCCGUUGAAAACCUGGUCGGGUUCUCAACAUCUCAGCCCUCAUUAUUCAAGCGCCAGCAACUCCUACCUGUCCGAGAUAUGAAACUGCUUGUGCGCGACUACUCGCCGAUCGCAAAGAAUGUCCUGACUAUGCUGGUUAAUCUGUCGGCCGAUAAUGAGAUACUUCAACUUCUAGCGGAGGAUGAUGCGUUUCUAGAGACAUUGUUGGUCAAGUUGACGAACCCCAAAGAGCCAAACGCGAACGAGAUAGCGAUGCUUCUCGCAAACCUCGCCAAAUCGGAUAGUAUGCAAAGGAUUAUAAAGAUGGAGAGAAGAGUGCCCGAGGGGGUGUCAGACUCAGCAAAAGCUAUGGACCAGCUUAUGGAUUGCUUCGUCAAGGGCGCGGAAGGGUCCCUGAACAAGCAUGCUGAUUACGACUACCUGUCUUACCUCUUCGCAGACCUCUCGAAAACGGAGGAAGGCCGCGCUUAUUUUACGACAAGACAGGCAUAUGAUGACGUCGUUCCAAUCACGAAGCUCACGGUAUUCACGGAACAUAAGAGUGAUAUCAGGAGAAAGGGAGUCGCCUCGACCAUCAAGAACGUAUCCUUUGAUGUGUCCUCGCAUCCAAUGCUCCUUGCAGAGGACGGGGCAAAUCUUUUACCUUAUGUUCUUUUGCCAAUCACCGGACCCGAGGAGUUCACAGACGAGGAAUCUGCAUCGAUGCUGCCAGAUCUACAGCUACUACCGCCAGAUAAGCAGAGAGACACAGACACCAGCAACAUCGUUACCCAUCUCGAAACUCUAAUGUUGCUAACCACCUCACGAGAAGGGCGGGAUAAGAUGCGCGAGGUAAAUGUGUAUCCGAUCGUAAGGGAGUGUCACCUCCAUGUGGAUGAUGACGAUGUCCGUGAAGCUUGCGAUAGGCUGGUGAAUGUAAUUAUGAGGAACGAGGAAGGGGAGGAAGACGCCGAACUCGAGAAAGCUAGGGCAGAAGCGCUGGGGCAACCGCAGCACGAGCAAGCUGACGAUGAUGACAAGGUCGUUGAAUUGUUCUGAAUGCUGCAGCAUCAAGGCAUAGAUCACUUCGUUUUUUUCUCAUUUACACUUGGUGACACAUUGGGCUGUAUUUCUUUCAAGUGUUUGGCACAACCAAAAAUAGAGGCUAUAUGAUUCCAUCAAUGCAAUUCUUUGACACCACCGAUCCAGCAAUUUUGAGAAAAUACACGAGCGUACAACUGCGGCGGUUUAUUGGUUCCAUCUCUUUCGCAGUGUUAAUGUUGGGUUCCGUCUUCCGUUCCUUCAUUUUCUUUCUAUGCUCGGCCCUAAUCAUCUUGCCUUUCUAAACGCCGUUUGUUGUCUUGAGUACGCCCUUUAUAUUAAAUCACCAUAGAUUUGGUACAGUGCUACGAGGUAAUUAUAGAGACAUCUACUGGUUGC